AUGUCUUCAGAUGAGCAAACCAAGAUCUGUCUCGGCGUGGCCGUCGACCACCGAAUCCAGCGGCUCUGCAAAACCACUCCCCACGGCCUUGCAGGGGAGUCCGAUCACGUUGCAAGUAUCAAGGAGGAAGGGCGGGCGUUGAAGCGACCUCGCGAGGAAGUUGCCGUCACCGCAGAGCUCGCAGGUCCGGCCUACAAAGGCGGUAUCGCCGUCAUGCUGCAGCAGCCUCGAAAAACCCACCCAUACGACAAGGGCAUUGACGCUGUCAUCGAGGACUGCGAGAGUCUGCUAGCCCUCUACGAGGUCUUUGAUGUGGCGUCCCGCGGCUCCCUCGACAUUCGAACCAAUGUCUCCGUCGUCGACCUGCUGCCCUUCGUCUCUGCUAGCGUGGACAGCCUGAGCGACGCAUAUCUCGCCAAAUCGUUCAAAGUGUCGACGCAGGUCAUCUGCGACAAGGAGCCCGAUGUCCUGCUGUGCGCAGGCAAGAUCUGGCUGCCGAAGGCGGGCAAGUUUGAUGGUCGCAAGGGAGACGCCUGGAAGUUCGAGAGCGUUGGUCUCGGGACCCAAUUUGGCAGCACCCCUAAGCUGCCUAUCACCGCAAGGGUUCGGCAUGGUUCGAAAGGCCUCGUCGCUAUCCCUAGGGUGAACGGUUUUCAUCCAAGCCACGCCAUGAACUACCUCUCGCACGUUAGUCUCCUGAGACAACUGCAAGUACUGAUUGGCGUUGAAACGUGCGGUACCCUCAGGGGCGACUGGGAAGAUGAAGAAUGGAUGGGCGAUAUCAGGAAGCGUUGCCAGAACAUUUCCCAAUCGCUGACCGGUCACUCGCCAUCCAAGUCUGCUGCACUACAGAGUCCGGGCCAGACCUCGGGCAGGUAUAACAGGAUUAAAUACUUGCCCGAGUGGCAGGACAUGUACAGCGACACCCUACUGGAUCUAAAAGUGGGUAUCACCAGCCUUCUGGCGAACCCCGACAUGGCCAAGGAGUCUCCGGAGAAACCCUAUCGAGUUCUGCUUGAAUCUGGUCUAAGCGAGACCUGCAAUGAUCUGGCCCUGGUCCUCACUCAGAUCUCCCGCUGCGUGGAGAGAGGCUGGCCCGAGUCCGUGGCUUGGAAGAACGAGGCGUCUCUGAGAGCGCUGUCGUCGGACACGCUUUUGUUUUCUGAAAUGGUAUUGAAAGCUGCCAAAAAGGCGGAACGUACGGGAUUUGCGGAAAUAGCUGUGGUAGGGAUGAAGAUCAUCGCUAGGAUCGAUAAGAAGGGCAGGGACAAGGACGCCGCGUACAAGUACGGUAUGGAUCCGAACGAGCUCAGAAAAAACUUCACGAAGAUGGCCAUGCAUAUUGAGUCUCUUCUAUUGGAUCUCCUGGAGAAAAAGGAAGAUGCACUCAAUGCUCUGGGUCAGGAGGAUUACCUGUCGAGUUUGAUGGACAAAGUGAGUAUCACACCCUCAUCAACAAGAAAUGAGUAUAGGAGGUCAUCGGGGGCUGUACGAUCUGGUUGGUGA